AUAAGAGAAGAAUAUAGCGGUAUUGGUAGGUCGUAACCGGUCUCCCACUCCAGUACAGUAGGGGGCGGUGUUGGCACCUCUCGGUCGGUUAAAUAGAAACUAAAAGAAGAAGAACAACAACAACAGCUGGUCAGCCAUCUCGGUAGCUUGCUAGCCAACAUAGCGGAAACGUUCAAGCGCUUAAAACGUUUUCUGAUAUAUGAGCCACUGUGUUUUGAACACAUUUCUGUCGUUUAGCUAGUUACCCCAUUUAAUUUAAUAUUUACGUUGUUAUUGGUCAGCUAGCUAGCUAACGUAGCGGGCUGGUUGAGUUAGCAUUAGCCCAGCUAGCUAACGGAGCUGGCUGGUUGAGUUAGCAUUAGCCCAGCUAGCUAACGUAGCUGGCUGCUUGUUAAGUUAGCAUUAGCCUAGCUAGCUAACUGUUAGCUAACAUCCCCGACCAUGAGUUCACCAAGCUACUCGCCUCCUGUUGAAGAAGAAGAGGAGGAGGUCUGCUGGACGGAGGAAGAGGGUCUGUGGCUGAACGUUGUCGUGAAAGAGGAGGAAGAGGAGGAGGAUGUCACAGUAAAACAAGAAGAAGAGGAGGAAGGUGAGGCUGUUACAGUGAAACAAGAAGAGAAAGACACAUUCAGAGUGAAAGAAGAGGAAGACGCGUUCAGAGUGAAAGAGGAGGAGGAGGAUGUCACAGUAAAAGAAGAGGAGGAAGAGGAGAAAGAGGAAGAUGCAGUUUUUGCAGUGAAGGAGGAGAAAGAGAGGGAGAUAACUGUCAUAUUGGAAGAUGAGACAGGAGAUCUGACUAACAUCGGAGAGAGACGGGACUAUUGUGGAUCCUCUGGGGAGCCUCAACAACCUCAUGAUGCUGACGAGGCAGAGAAGAGUCUCUCCAGAUCAGACCACCUCAAUAAACACCAGCAGAGACCCACAGGAAAGAAACCUCACUGCUGCUCUGACUGUGGGAAGAGUUUCACCUCUUCAUCAGAUCUUAAAAUACACCAGAGAAUCCAUACAGGAGAAAAACCUUAUAGCUGCCCCGACUGCGCAAGGAGUUUUACUACACGAAGCCAGAUGAUAUCUCAUCGGAGAACACACACGGGAGAAAAACCUUUCAGCUGUGAUCGAUGUGGGAAGAGUUUUGCUCAGUCAGGCAACCUGACAAUUCACCAGAGAACACACACGGGUGAGAAACCUUACCACUGCUCUGACUGUGGAAUGAGUUUUACUACCUCGGGUGGACUUAUAUCGCACCAGAAAACACACACAGGAGAUCAGUGUGGGAAGAGCUUUGCUGCCGCAAGGAACCUGAUAGUUCACCAGAGAGAACACACGGUUGCUCUGACUGUACACCAGAGAAGCUACACUGGAGAGAAACCAUACCACUGUUCAGACUGUGGGAUGAGUUUUACCACCUCAAGUGGACUGAUAUCACACCAGAGGAUCCACACCGGAGAGAAAGUAUACCACUGCUCAGAUUGCGGGAUGAGUUUUGCUGGAUUAGACAAACUGACUAUACACCAGCGAUUACACACAGAGAGGACUUAUAGCUGUGAUCAAUGUGGGAAAAACUUUGCUGCAGCAACAAAUCUGAUCGUUCACCAGAGAACACACACAGGAGAGAAACCUUACAGCUGUGAUGAAUGUGGGAAGAGAUUUACUCAGUCGGCGCACCUGACUGUACACCAGAGAACCCAUACAGGAGAGCAGCCUUAUAGCUGUGAUCAAUGUGGGAAACAUUUUGCUUUGCCAGGAAACUUGACUGUCCACAAGAGAACACACACUGGAGAAAAACCUUACAGCUGUGAUGUAUGUGAGGAUAGUUUUGCCACCUGGACAGCCCUGGCUACACACAAACGAAUCCACACCGGCGAGAAACCGUACCACUGCUCCGACUGUGGAAUGAGCUUUACUUCCUCAAGCGACCUGAGAAGACACCAGAGAAAACAUACAGGAGAGAAACCUUAUAGCUGUGAUCAGUGUGGGAAGAGUUUUAUUCGAUCAGACUCCCUGGCAAAACACAAGAAAAUUCAUGCAGGAGAUCCAGACCUGGGUAGUAGAACACAGAGUGUGGAAUGUUCUCCAACACCAGACCUGGGUAGUAGAACACAGAGUGUAGAAUAAUCUCCAACACCAGACCUGGGUAGUAGAACACAGAGUGUGGAAUGAUCUCCAGCACCAGACCUGGGAAGUAGAACACAGAGUAAUGAUCUAUUUGUAAUCUAACUGUUGAUGUCGUAGUGUUUGUGUUCAACUUGUUUCAUAAUAAUACAAAAUAAUAUAAUUUAUAAUAUUGUAAAUUCCUACAACUUUUGACAGCUCUAAUGUCAAAUGAUCACAUUUUUAAUUUUUGUAAAUGAUGGAACAUUUACAGAAAAUGUUAUAGAAGGAGCAUCGGGACAAUACAUGUGAUGUUUUUGAUUUAGUUGGAGACCCUAGAAGCUUUCACAUUCCAGAUGUUGCUGUAUAUAAACAGAAGAAUGAGUUUAUAAUGUCACGUAGCCUCGGCUCCACGUUUCGCUGACGUUCCUCUCCUAAAGCCUGAGGAAGUUCAUGUUGGAGAAGUAGGUAUGAGAGCCGUGUGAUUACCUGUGGCUGAUUGGCUGAUUGGCUGAUUACCUGUGGCUGAUUGGCUGAGAUUAUACGCCAUUUUCCCAAAACAAACCACCUUUUCCAUCCCUCUUCAGAAACAGAGUUACGCUAAGAAAAGCCUCCUCAGUCUUCUUAAAACCGAACCCUGGCCCUGGGACCCUGACCCUGGAACCCUGACCCUGUGUACACGUUCGACCUCUCAUAGAAUGGGAGGAAACUGCUGCAGAAAGCGCCGAGACGGUCAAGUUGUAUUGGAAAGCUGAUAAGCAGACAAUUCAUCAGGUUGACGAUGGAAAUUUUACCAUGACCCUGGGACCCUGACCCUGACCCUGGAACCCUGACCCUGGAACCCUGACCCUGGGACCCUGGAACCCUGGAUCCCUGGCCCUGGGACCCUAACCCUGGGACCCUGACCCUGGAACCCUGGGAUUGAGUCUUAUUUUCCAGUAGGGACAAUGACACACAUUUUAAAUGCCAAACACCAGAAUGUCUUUUCCAAGAAGUGCUGAAUGUUCCUGAAUGGUCCAGUCUCAGUCCUGACUUUUAAAUCUACCUGAAAAGGUUUAAAUAUUACUGUCCAUCAAUGAUUCCCAACCAAAUGUUAUUUUAAGUUUGAGCAAAUUGUGACAAGAACAAUGAAUAUAUAUAUAUAUUAUUUAUGAGUUGUUCAAGGUUGGUAGAAUCUUAUUCAAAAUAAUGUUUAAUGGAUGCCAAGUAUUAACUAAGGAGGGUGGAGACUUAAGUCAAAUUAUGUUUCAUAUUUGUAAAAUAAAUAAAUAACAUAUUGUAUAGUUCUGUAGGAG